AUGUACGGUAACAAUAGCACCCAUCGUAUUUACAGUAGUUUGGAAGCCAAUGAAUUGUCCAACGACAAAAAUGGUUCAGAUGAUGCGACUGAGGACGACCAAAUUAAGCAAGAACACACUCCCGGUGGAUAUCUCAAAAUGAGGGCAAAUCGAGGACUUCUCAACGUAUCACACCCCGCUCACGGCAAAGACGCCAUUUCACAUUUGUUUUUGGAUGAAGAUGAUUGGGAGGAUCAGGUUAAUGCAACAGCCCCACAAAUCGUAGUUAAAGGGUGGGCCCCGAUUCGAACCUUUGGAAAAAAAGGAUGUAUUGCAGAUCAGGCAGUCAUAUACAUUCAUGGUUACAAUGUGAGUUUGCAUGAAGCAUGCUCACAGAUGGCACACCUCGUGUCAUUCUCAAAGCUGCCUCCUUACGUCCUACCAUUUGUGUUUAAUUGGGACGGUCAGCACUGGGGUCCUUUUGGCGCCAUCGCCUAUCACAAAGCAAAAAGAAUAACACAGCAUCCGGGAUUAGAGGAGUCAUUUUGUGAGUUACUAAGCGAAUUAUUGGGCAUGGGAAUAAAGAAUGUGCACAUUAUUGUGCACUCAUGCGGAGCAAGAGUUUUCUUUAAGGUCUUUCGGGCAGCGAUACAGAAGGGCUUGAUCCUCCAAGUGCUGGGCACUGAUAAACAAGCUACAACCGGCCACAAUUAUACAACUGACAAAGUGGCAUCUCCUUCGAAAACUCUACCUAUUCGUAUGGACACUCUUAUGCUUCUCAACCCAGAUUACCCCAUGGAAAGAUUUAGGGAUCAUGACUACUUCCUAGUACGGAGCUAUUGCGACCAUAUCGUAAUGUAUGUGGAUACAAGGGAUCACUGCCUCACCAUGGCAGAACUGUUUAAUGGUGAGGUGUCCUUGGGAAUGUCCGUAUUUGCUAUGUGUACUACACCCGAGGUAUUGGAUGAAAUAGUCCCCGAACUUGAGGCAUCUGGGCUUUGCUUGUCAUUGAAAAACACCCAAGACGUGGCAGAAUUGCCAUUCGUGUCUAGUUACACCAUGUAUAAAGGGAGGGUUGCUCUAUCUAAGCGAAACCCUGGGGAAGGGUCACUUUCGAUCGACAUGACACCCGGCCAAGGAUCAGCUGCUCAUAAGAGAGAAACCAUUAACAACUCCAUUAUUUCACCAUCCCAGAAUUACGUUGUCGGCAAUAGUGGUAAAAUAUCUGAGGAUAUGCAACCCUACCGCCUUGCUAGGCUAAGUGAGGACCUUGGGGUAGAGAGCAGACAUCUUUGGCUAGAUAUGGAUGUUAUAGACACCACAAUGAUAGACACGAACGUUGAUUUCCUGAAACAUUCCCUCUAUCAAAUGAAGCGUGAAAUUAUGGAUGAUAUAAGAGAGGUGAUUCUGAUGAAGAUACGAGCAGAACAGCGUCAAACAAGGUUGGAUAGGCGAAGGGGAAAUGUCUUCGUUUUCAGAGUAGCACCAGCGGCGGUAAACCAUUUGUUCAGAGGAUCAUGA